AUUACUCGUCAGUUUACAAAUUGAAGGUGUCGGAAAUGGCGAGCCAAGCAGUCCUUGUUGCAACGUUCUUGUUCUUCGUCCUCCGUUUUGGGGCGGAAGCUGCUACGAUAACGGUGAGGAACAAUUGUCCGAGAACCAUAUGGCCAGCAACAUUAACAAGCGGUCCAGGACAACCUCAACUAUCAACAACUGGAUUCGAAUUAGCUCCCGGAGCGUCAAGGUCGUUUAACGUCCCAGCGCCAUGGACCGGUCGAGUAUGGGCAAGAACCCGAUGCUCCAACAACGGUGGACGUUUCACUUGCUUGACAGGAGAUUGCGGUCGUGGGCUCUCAUGCAAUGGCGCAGGAGGAGUCCCACCAGCGACGUUAGCUGAAUUCACGGUCGCCCCGAACGGCGGGCAAGAUUUCUAUGAUGUCAGCCUCGUCGAUGGCUUCAACAUUCCAACCACCAUCGUGGCCCAAGGCGGGACAGGGCCAUGCAGAUCCUCCAACUGCCGUAAUGACGUGAAUAGGGUAUGUCCAGGGGAAUUGCAAGUGAGAUCGGGCAACGAAGUGAUUGGUUGCAAGAGUGCUUGCUUUGCAUUCAACCAGCCUCAGUAUUGCUGCACCGGAGCGUUCAAUGACCCUAACAAGUGCAGGCCAACAAACUACUCAAUGAUUUUCGAGAACCAAUGCCCGGAUGCUUAUAGCUACGCAUAUGAUGAUAAGAACAGCACUUUCACUUGCAACAACAGGCCAAAUUAUGUCAUCACAUUCUGCGGUUGAGAACAAUAACUACAAAUAAUUAAGAAUAAAGAUAUAACACCGUACAGUGUUAUAUGAACAAACUUGACAAA